AGCAGAGAAGAGCUAAUUACAGGGAGCGGCUGUGGGCUGCUGGGCGCCCCAGGUUGGCCACAUUCACUGCGCUCCUGCUCUCCAAGUUGACGCGACUUUUCCAAAAGUGUCUGGAAGGCCUGAAGAGAAGCCUUGGGAGUCCGAGGACCCAGCAGGCACAGAUGAGCUGCCCCCGACCCCCUUGCCCUUGGAGGGGACAACCUGCAUAGGGGUGCGCUUUGGCGGAGGAGCGCACGGCACGGUCUGGCUUGGCCAGGACAAGAGUUUGCGGGAGGCCUCCUGGCUCACUGCAGAGACUUGGUGGGGAGAGGAAAGAACCAGGGCACGGAGGGGGGUCGACUGGGUUCUGAAUGGCAGGAGGAGCUGCGCCAGAGGGCUGGGCGCUGGGCGCGCUGCGAGGCUGUGCGCACAAGGCCGGGGGCUGUCUCCACCUCUUCUGGAAAGUUGGACCUAUGAGUGCGCUCCUCUCCUUUCAACUAUCAACAGCCCGGGAGGGCGAGCGCGUGCGAGCGCGGAGCGGGGCGCAGGACCCUCGCGACUUCUUCGCAGGACCCCAGCCGGGCCGCCGCUGUCCGGGGCCGCCUGAGAGCCCUGUGCCGGCGCCUCCUCCCCACGCAGCGCGGAUGCGCCCCAGGGGCCGUCCUGCCACCCCCGACGGGAUGCCGGCUGCCUUGCUCCCCUACGCUUGCGUCCUGGUGCUGCUGGGAGCCCGCACUGCAGAGGCAGCUGGGAUGGCAGGGGCAGGCCACCUGCGCUGGGAACCACGCUGCCAGCAGCCCCUGCCCAACAGAGCCCCAGUCACUGCGCUGCUGCCCCCACGCCUGGAUGGGCCCUGGAUAUCCACUGGCUGCGAGGUGCGUCCGGGACCCGAGUUCCUCACCCGCUCCUAUACUUUCUACCCCAACCGCCUGUUCCGCGCCUACCAGUUCUACUACCAGGACCCCUCGUGCCGCGAGCCCGCCCACUCGCUGCUCAUCAAGGGCCGGGUGCGCCUGCGCCGGGCCUCCUGGGUCACCCGCGGCGCCACGGAGGCCGACUACAACCUGUACAAGGUGGGCGUCGUCUUCCACAGCCGCCGCGCCCUGCUUGAGGUGGCCGGGCGCCUGGACCACAGUAAGGCGAGCCGGGACUGCGCGCACCGCCUGCCCCCCGCGCGGGCCUGGCUGCCCGGCGCCCUGUAUGAGCUGCUGGGCGCCGGGGCUGAGCGUGACUGCGCGGCCGCCCUGGGCUUCACCAUGCACGAUCUCAGCCUGGUGCGCGUGCAGCGCCGCUUGCAGCCUGAGCCCCGGGCCGCGCCCCGCCUGGUGGAGGAGCUCUACCUGGGGGACAUCCACACCGACCAGGCCGAGCGGCGGCACUACCGGCCCACCGGCUACCAGCGUCCGCUGCAGAGCGCCCUGCACCAUGCCCACCCCUGUCCAGCCUGCAGCCUCAUCGCCCGCUCUGAUGAGCACCACCCGCCCGUGCUGCCCCCCCAGGUGACCCUGCCUCUGCGCCUGGGCGGCCGCUGGGUCAGCCCUGGGUGUGAGGUGCGCCCCGCCGUGCUCUUCCUCACCAGGCUCUUCACCUUCCACGGGCACAACCGCUCCUGGGAAGGGUAUUACCACCACUUCUCAGACCCCACCUGCCGGCAGCCCACCUUCACUGUCUACGCGGCCGGCCGCUACACCAAGGGCACGCCAUCCGCCAAGGUUCGAGGUGGUACCGAGCUGGUGUUUCAGGUCACCAGGGCCCGCGUCACCCCCAUGGACCAGGUCACCACGGCCAUGCUCAAUUUCUCUGAGCCGAGCAGCUGCGGGGGCCCGGGGGCUUGGGCCCUGGGAGCCGAGCGGGACAUCACAGCCACCAAUGGGUGUCUGCCGCUCGGCAUCAGGCUGCCCCACGUGGAGUAUGAGCUCUUCAGGAUGGAACGGGACCCGCUCGGGCAAAGCCUGCUCUUCAUCGGACAAAGGCCCACCGAUGGCUCGAGUCCCGACACCCCGGAGAAGCGGCCCACAUCCUAUCAAGCGCCCCUGGUGCUCUGUGACAGCGUGGCCUGGGGCUUCUCCCCGCAGCACGGGGCUCAGCUGCAGACACCUGUCCGUGGUGGGACGCCAUGUCCCCACGUGGCCCCUCUCCCCGUCCUACUCCUGGUUCUCAGGCCGGCCUUACUCCAGUGGUUGUGAAAUCGGUAUAUACUUCCAGACGGUGCCUCAGAACACUCGUCUGGCCCAUGGACUCCCUCCUGGCCGUAGACUCCUACACCCAUGACUGUCCUGGACAGUGACACAGCCUGGCUGCGUCAGCUCAGCACCUGCAGGGUCUGCACCACGGCCAGCAACUUAAGUCAUGACCAGACUCAGGCCUGGCAGCAAAGUCACCUGCUCCGAGUUUCUACACGCUCACUCUGAUUUUCCUGGGUAGUCCGAGGAGUGGACCACGCCUAUCUGCCUGCCCGAUGGCGCCCCAGUUCUCUCCUGGAGCCCCAGGAUUCAGUGAACUAGGAACACAGUUCUCCACGUGCAUGCUGCCACAGUUCUCCUGAGUCUGUGGGUUGCUGUUUAAAGAUUAUUAAUUUGCAUUUAGCAAUACCAACUCAAAACCAAGCCAUGAAUUAAAGAUGCUGCUUCAGGCUUUCGGCACAUCUCAGCUCGCCGGCAGGGGCUCGUCUCUCUUUGGGGGCAACUCAGCUUUCUCAAGUUGUGACUGCUGGUGUUUGUCUGAACCUGCCUGUGCUUCUGCGAGUCAGGCCUCAAGCUGUCAACAGCGUGUGCAGAGAAAUCUAGCCCUCCUGGGCCAGCGAGCAAAUGAAGGCGGCCCCAUCUGAGCCUAGAAGCUCGGCCUCCCUUGCCCACCCCGUUCGCCAGUGCGUGGAGCUAGUGGCUGGGGCCAGGUCUUGGGAGGAAAGCAGUGUUUCCAGCCUUUGGAAAGUAAUUAAUACUAAUGACAGUGGUAACACUAACGUGCUCUGUAAUUAGGCCUGCACUGGCAUCCUCUGUUUUCAAGAUUCCCUGUGCUUGGCUGACAAGGAGGGAGAGAAACCUCCGGUGCAUCUCUGGGACCAUCCAAGGGUCACUGGUCUGCCCAGCAGUGUCUGGAGGAAGUGGUGGAGAGCCACACCGUGCCCAGUCUGCCCGCUGCAGUGCUGCUGUGCCCAUGCUCUCAGUUCAGAGAGAGCUGUCAUCGCGGUGGGGACAGGCUGUGCCUCUCCAGGGACCCUGCCUGUGUUCCCAGAGUCUCGUCUGUACACUGCGAAAUUAACUGGCCUCCUGGUGGGCUCAAGGGUUUCCGGGACGCUGUGCUGAUGAGUCACGCCCUCCUUCCUCUGCCCCAAUCCUAGAAUCCUAUCUAUCUCUGGCUCUUAUCGAAGAUCUUGAACAAUUGUCUGUGAGGCUAAUGAUGCUUUCAGAGGGAGGCCCUUGUCCUCUGUUCGACAGUGUGGGGUUCAAUCAGUCCGCUGAAAUUGCUAACUUAUCUACCCAUUCUUUAAAAAAAAAAAAAAAAAACCCCACCAAGUUAAUAUUCUCUAUAGGUCUCAGAGAGCUAUGAGUGUUCCUGGCAUAUUUACCAAAGUACAAGAAAUAAUUAGAUUAUUUACAGUCUCAGACUGCAUCACGGUGGGGGUUGUGUGUGUCUGUGUUCCUGGUGGGGAUGAGGGUGGGUGGUGGGGACAUGUCCACGGCUGAGCAAGUCUUGUAUCCGAGGCUUGAGGCAGCCAUACUGCCAUUUAUCAUCAAAUUUCAAUCUUUUAAUAAAAUUAAACAGCCUGAAAAA